CGUCCACUUAUCCAAACCCGAACACUGGAAGCCGAAGCCGAGCUCCAGAGCUGAGCUCCCAAUCCCCUCUGCCUCGUCCGCUCCAUGGCGGCCAGCCCGCUCCCCCUCACCUCACCGCCCCCGCCACCGCCGCUUCAGCUGCCCAACGCCGCCACCGUCCGCUCCCUCACCGCAGCAGGCCACCACGCCGCGGCCCUCCGCGCGCUCUCCUCCUUGGCGGCCGCCUCCUCCACUUCCGCCCCGCUCGACCGCUUCGCCCUCCCGCCCGCCGCCAAGUCCGCCGCGGCCCUCCGCGAUGCGCGCGCCGCCCGCGCCAUCCACUGCGCCGCGCUGCGGCGGGAGCUCCUCCACGGCCCCACCCCAGCCGUCGCCAACGCGCUGCUCACUGCCUACGCCCGCUGCGGUGACCUCCCAGCCGCGCUCGCGCUCUUCGGCGCGAUGGGCAGUCGCGACGCCGUCACCUUCAACUCCCUCAUCGCCGCGCUCUGUCUCUUCCGCCGCUGGCUCCCGGCGCUUGACGCGCUGCGUGACAUGCUCCGGGAGGGCCACCCGCUGACUUCAUUCACGCUCGUCAGCGUCCUCCUCGCGUGCUCCCAUCUCGUCGACGACCCCCGCCUCGGCCGCGAGGCGCACGCCUUCGCGCUCAAGAACGGCUUCCUGGACGGAGACGAGCGAUUCGCCUUCAACGCGCUGCUCUCCAUGUACGCGCGCCUAGGCCUGGUCGACGACGCACGGAGGCUCUUCGGCUCCGUCGGCGCCGCCGACACGCCGAGCGGGGGCGUCGUCACAUGGAACACCAUGGUCAGCCUGCUCGUGCAGAGCGGCCGCUGCGACGAGGCCAUCCAGGUGCUCUACGACAUGGUCGCGCGCGGCGUGCGCCCGGACGGCGUCACGUUCGCGAGCGCGCUCCCGGCGUGCUCGCAGCUGGAGAUGCUCGCCGUCGGAAGGGAAAUGCACGCCUAUGUCCUCAAGGAUGCCGAACUCGCCGCCAACUCCUUCGUCGCGAGCGCGCUGGUGGACAUGUACGCCAGCAUCGAGAGGGUGGCAGCGGCAAGGCGGGUGUUCGACAUGGUCCCCGGCGACGGCCGGCAGCUCGGGCUGUGGAACGCCAUGGUCUGUGGGUACGCGCAGGCCGGCAUGGACGAGGACGCGCUGGACCUCUUCUCACGGAUGGAGGCCGAGGCUGGCGUCGUGCCCAGCGAGACCACCAUGGCGGGCGUGCUGCCCGCAUGCGCGCGCUCCGAGGCCUUUGCCGGCAAGGAGGCUGUGCAUGGGUACGUCCUGAAGCGCGGCAUGGCGAACAACCGGUUCGUGCAGAACGCGCUCAUGGACAUGUACGCGCGCCUCGGCGACAUGGAUGCCGCUCGCAGGAUCUUCGGCGCGAUCGAACCCCGCGACGUGGUAUCUUGGAACACCCUGAUCACCGGCUGUGUCGUCCAGGGCCACAUCGGCGAGGCGUUUCAGCUGGUCAGAGAGAUGCAACAGCAAGGGAGAUUUACCGAUGCCGCAAUGGAAGACGUCGUUGCCGGAGUGGAGGAAGAGCCGGUGAUGCCUAACAACAUCACACUCAUGACCCUCCUCCCCGGCUGUGCAAUGCUCGUGGCGCCUGCGAGAGGGAAGGAGAUACAUGGCUACGCUGUGCGGCACGCCUUGGACUCGGACGUCGCCGUCGGGAGCGCGCUGGUGGACAUGUACGCCAAGUGCGGCUGCCUGGUGCUCUCGAGGGCCGUGUUCGACCGUCUGCCGAGGAGGAAUGUCAUCACCUGGAACGUCCUCAUCAUGGCCUACGGCAUGCACGGGCUCGGCGACGAGGCGAUCGCUCUGUUCGACCGAAUGGUGGCGAGCGACGAGGCCAAACCGAACGAGGUCACCUUCAUCGCCGCACUGGCGGCCUGCAGCCACUCCGGCAUGGUCGACCGCGGCCUGGAGCUGUUCCACGGCAUGAAGAGAGACCACGGCGUCGAGCCGACGCCGGACCUCCACGCCUGCGCUGUUGACAUCCUUGGUCGGGCUGGCAGGUUGGACGAAGCCUACAGCAUCAUCAACUCAAUGGAGCCAGGGGAGCAGCAGGUGUCCGCGUGGAGCUGCUUUCUCGGAGCGUGCCGGCUGCACCGGAACGUCCAGCUCGGCGAGAUCGCGGCCGAGCGGCUGUUCCAGCUCGAGCCCGACGAGGCGAGCCAUUACGUGCUCCUGUGCAACAUCUACUCUGCCGCCGGCCUAUGGGAGAAAUCAGUAGAGGUGAGGAAGAGGAUGCGGCAGAGGGGCGUCAGCAAGGAGCCCGGCUGCAGUUGGAUCGAGCUGGACGGCGCCAUUCACCGGUUCAUGGCCGGUGAGUCGACGCACCCGGAGAGCGUGCAGGUGCAUGAGCACAUGGACGCGCUUUGGGAGCGCAUGCGGAUCCAAGGGUACAAGCCGGACACGUCCUGCGUGCUCCAUGACAUCGACGACAGCGAGAAGGCCGCGAUCCUCCGGUACCACAGUGAGAAGCUUGCCAUCGCCUUCGGGCUGCUGAGGACGCCGCCGGGUGCCGCCAUCAGGGUGGCCAAGAACCUGAGGGUGUGCAACGACUGCCAUGAGUCUGCCAAGUUCAUCUCCAAGAUGGUUGGGAGGGAGAUUGUGCUGAGGGACGUGAGGAGGUUUCACUAUUUCCGGGACGGCACCUGCUCCUGUGGGGACUACUGGUAGAAGAAAUAGCAUAACAUUACAGUGCUUACUGAAUUGUUUAGCUCGUACACCACACCAAGAAACAAAUUUUGUUCUGUAGUAUGUAAACUAAAAAGAAAGUCAAUUUGUUGGUACUUUUGUAA